CCCACCCUUCUCUCCUAUCUUCUUUCUUCCCCUCAACAGACGAAAGAAGCCGGAUAGCUGACCUGGACACUCCAAGGACAAGGCUCGUAUCAUCGGAAAGAAAGCAGGUCAGAUACGUGCUGCUGCGGCCAAAGUUGUUGAUGGUGGCCAUUCCGUUCUUGUCGCCGAGCCCAGAACCGCAUCCUACAGUCAGGAACAAAGAUCAAGACAGACCAACAGCAUAAGUACCAACACACCCUCCUAUCGCUCAUUUUGUCUUAUACACCCUUCCACAAAGGACUGCGCUCGCCUCACUUUGUCUAGCACAGUCUCCGAGUCGAGACAGCCACAACCCUCUCGACUUCUUCUGGUACGACAUUCCACUCUGCAUACUUGUCUCCCUCCUAUUUUAUUGCAUGUCAGUUUCAUGGGACGUCGAUUACGGAUUCACCAUAUAAGACGUGCCUUACCUGUCCCCAACCCUCCUCGAGGAUACCCUCCGAGUCCUAGCAUCCUUACAAUUCUCGUCUCCAUCAUGGCUCCCCUUCCAGCCGGUGUUAUCAAUCUCACUGCCGGCCCGCCGAAACACCCUCAAGGGGCGAAAGGCGGACCGCAUCCACCGCCUCCUCCACCGGCCCCCAAGCCUCCCGUCCACGGAGCGCCGGCUCAUCAUGUCGUUCAACGUCCAGCAGCCCCGAUGGUAGCCCCAAUGAUGAUGCCUCGGCCCAUGCCGGUUCAGCCUCCCAACGACGUGAUUCCACCUGAACUACGGCGCAAGCGUCUCGUUGAGCGAUCAGAUCUUCGCAACGAACGCAUGACCGAUGCCGAUGCACGCGAAGCCUUGUCCGAGUAUGUCGUAUACCGGUUCGAAAAGGUCCAUGACCCAAACGAGAUUGACGACGAAGGAAACCCCGUCAGAUCGACCUGGGAGAAUGUCAUCCGCACAGAGGUCCAGGACCUCCCCAAGCCGGCCAUAACCCGAACCAUCCGUCAACUUGAUGCCGAAGGCAAGACGGCAAUGCAGAAGAAGCUAGACCUCACAGGAACGCAGCAGCGUCAGAUCGAAAAGGCGCAAAACAAUCUCGACGCACAUAACCUUGACAAGCGGUUCUAUUACACACUGCAGCAGAUCAGCACCAAGAUCAGGAAGCUUAGCAAGGACUCUAUUGAGUACCGCCAGUACAUGGCUGGGAAAGAGGCUAAGAAGGUCGUGGUAACCAAGUUUAAAGAAAGGAAAUCGAAGAAGAACCUCCUGGAGACGAUCUCGAUGACGGUGUAUUUCAAACGAGAGCCGCGCUUCGGCGAGGAUGCAAAGGCCAUUCUCAAGGAGAGAGAACGGGAGAUUGAAUAUCAACAACGCCUGCGUGACCAACAGCGGCAGCACCAUCUUGAUCAUCAAUUCUUGGCACGGCAGCAAGGCCAUGAGUUGGCGAUGCGACAGCAACAGGAAGAGUUUCUGCGACUUCACCCGCAACCAGUGGCUGUACCGCCUCGCCCUCCGUUCCCGUUGCAGAAGCCUGGCAAAGAGAAAGCCGACGUCAAAGUCAUCAAGACAGAGAAGGGCAAAACCAAGGUUUAUGACAUCCCUUCUAGAAGCUCAGGAAGCUCUAGAAGCUCGCGUUCGGACGAUAGUUGGAGCGAGUCGGACCGGACGCCGAGUACAUCCGUCACUGGGUCCUCCGAUUCCGGCAGGCAUAAUCACCGCCGCGGCCGUCAUCCAAGUCGCGGUCGCAGUCGAAGCCGUAGCCGUAGCCGUAGCCACCGUCGAUACCAUACGAAGCAGGACUAUCGCCUCUUUGAUUACGAUGUUCCUCGCGGUCGUAUGCCUGGUUCACCUCCACCCCCACCACUUAUAAUGCCUGGCGGAGUCGACCGCUUCGAGCAUGAGGCAUUUCGGCCCCGGCGGCUAGCAGAUACGGCCUAUAACAACGACCUGGAAGACAUUGAGCUGUUGAACAGUCUCGGCCGCCGUCGACCAGUUGUGCUUCCGCCCCGUGUCAUCCACAGGCGACCCAGCUUCCGCAUUGUUGAUUCGGAAGAGGUUGUUCGUGCAAGACAUGAAGAUGAUUUGGAUAAUGUGAGGAAAUUGACGAUCCGUGAUGAAGUGAGAUUUGAAGAUCGACGGGUGGGCGAGGAGGAGCUGGCUGCCGACACACGGAGGCGACGACUGGAAACUCGAUUCCGUCGGUCUUCUCUAGAAAGAGGCGCCUUGUUUCGAGACGAGGAAACGUACGAAGAGAGAGCGCGACAAGCAAAACAGUACAUGAGCCGGCACCAUGACAAUCCGUUUGAACCGCUAGGGCGAUCAGGGGCGAGGUACCACAACUAGGGUAGCCCAAGUUUGCAAUCCUUUCCGGGGUUUCUUUCCACGCUUGAGGAUGUCGUCGAUAGCUAUACGCCUCAUUGAUCGGCAAGAAUGAAACUAUUCUGUGUUAAUGCUUUAGUCGAAACAAAAGUUGAACAGGCAGUGUCUUUCCAGAGGGCAGCAUAGUGAAAUUGACCAAUGAGAGAUCCGAAUAAUCAGUUUGACAACGUGAGCAACUUCCUCGUCCCAGUGAAAACAAAAUCUGGCAAUGCAGCUUGCAGGUUGCAGAGACGCCGAGGUAGCACAGCACAAACAUGGAAGGCGAGAGCUUGAAUAAGUAGUGCCGGGUCCAGCUGGAGGAGUUCUGCCCAACCUUUGUGCCUAAAAGGUUGCUAUUGGGGUCGACUGCAGAUAGUCAAUCCCCCGCGCUCAACAUGAGGCGAACGAACAGCUUCUCCUUCGACGACAUUGCAUCGAGGCGCAGGCUCUUUCUGCAAAAGAGAGGAGCUACAUGGUGAACGUGGACGGUCCGCAGCCAAUGACGGUGAUUGAGCAACAUGCUAUUGGACAAUUUGAAUAGUCCGUCGAGGUAGCCAGUAGUCCGUCAGUUGUUCCUAAAGGAAGUGGAAUAAGUCUCUAGUGCGUAUGUGCGUAUUCCAAUUGUAGAAAAGGCAGGCAAAUGGCGAAUGAUCAUCGGGGAUAAGUCGUACAAAGAGGUGGCAUAAUU